ACGCAAUGAUGAGUAAAGAGACUUCUCUAAGGAAUCGGCUGUCCAAGCCCAGCCCGGAAAAACCUGAAGAAGACGAAGACAAGAAAAACCCCAAAACAGAACCCCUAGUGACUGCUAAUAACGGUCAACUUGAUAUAAAACACAUACUAUCAAAGAAGUUACAAUUGACCACAGAGGCAGAGCAAUUGAAACCAUAUUUUAUGAAGGAAGUUGGCACUCACUUUGAUGAUUUUGUGACCAAUCUCAUUGAAAAAUCUGCAUCAAUAGAUAUUGGUGGUGGUACUCUCACAUCUUUUUCUAUUCUCAAAGGACAGAACAACCAUAGAGCUAAAGAGCUGAGGGCGCCUCCCGAACAAGGAAAGAUUUUUGUCAUAAGGCGAUCUCUGCUAGAUGAGCUGUUAGAGGUGGACCACAUCAGAACCAUCUAUCACAUGUUUAUUGCCCUCCUCAUUAUCUUUAUCAUCAGCUCACUAGUAGUGGAUUACAUUGAUGAAGGAAGGCUGGUGCUUGAGUUCAAUCUCCUGUUUUACGCUUUUGGCAACUUUCCGACGGUUUUUUGGAGCUGGUGGGGCAUGUUCCUAUCUACACUUGGAGUUCCUUAUUUCCUCUUUGUCUCUUGGGCCAAUGGAUACCAGAAGAGCUCCUACCCUGUGCUCCGAACUCUCUUCUAUGGCUCACUUUUCAUUUUCUUCCAGCUUGGAGGUUUAGGUUUUGUACCAGCAUACAUUGCAUUAACCUAUACCCCGGCACCAGCUUCCCGGAUCAUUCUUAUAAGUGAACAGGUUCGUCUUAUAAUGAAAGCUCAUUCAUUUAUCAGAGAAAAUGUGCCUCGUGUACUGGAUUCCACUAAGGAGAAAUCAAGCACUGUACCAAUACCCACAUUUGGCCAGUACUUGUACUUCUUGUUUGCUCCUACCCUCAUCUACCGGGACAGCUAUCCCAGGACCCCCACUAUAAGAUGGGGUUAUGUUGCUACCCAGUUUGCACAGACUUUUGGUUGCUUUUUUUAUGUGUACUACGUGUUUGAAAGACUCAGCCUCCCCUUGUUCCGGAACAUGAAGCAGGAACCCUUCAGCGCUCGGGUCCUGGUGCUGUGUGUCUUUAACUCUAUUUUGCCAGGAGUGCUGAUGAUGUUCCUGGUUUUCUUUGCCUUUUUGCAUUGCUGGCACAAUGCCUUUGCUGAGUUGUUGCGUUUUGGUGACAGGAUGUUUUAUAAGGAUUGGUGGAAUUCUACAUCAUAUGCCAACUACUACAGGACCUGGAAUGUGGUGGUCCAUGACUGGCUGUAUUACUAUGCUUACAAGGACUUUCUCUGGCUGUUCACAAAGAGGUUCAGGUCUGUCGCCAUGUUGGGUGUCUUUGCUGUGUCUUCCGUCGUGCACGAGUACAUCUUGGCUGUUUGCCUGAACUUCUUCUACCCAGUGCUCUUCGUGCUCUUCAUGUUCUUUGGAAUGGCUUUCAACUUUAUUGUCAAUGACCGUCGGAAGAAGGGGAUUUGGAACGUUAUGAUGUGGGCGUCCCUUUUCACGGGUCAAGGAAUCCUCCUGUGCUUUUAUUCUCAAGAGUGGUACGCACGUCAGCAUUGUCCUCUGAAAAAUCCCACAUUUCUGGAUUAUGUACGACCACGUUCCUGGACUUGUCGUUAUGUGUUUUAGAAGCUUGGACUUUGUUUUACUCUUUUUAUUUUUUUGUCACUGAAGAUUGGUUGUUCUGCCUGAUUGUGGGCCGGCAGCUACUUCCAGCGGCUCCUGAAGUUCUCUGUGUUUUGGGACCACUCCAGGCUUUAUAGAUGGCUCACUCCAUUCCAAGGCCACGUGAAACCGACCUCUUGGAAUCUUACUCACUUAAGCAAAACUUUUCCUCCUCUCUUUUGGUAGAAGGGAGACUGAUUGCAGAGGCAACAGCAGAGAUAAUGACAAGGUGCCAUGUUUUAUCUGCUUAAGCCUAGACAGUUAUAACUCUGCAUCUUCUGUUUCUAGACUCAGUUACCCAAAACAUGAAGAAAUUGUUCUAAUUACCUCUGAUUGAAAACUUUUUUCAUGAACACUGUUGGAAUGUAUGCUAAUUAAAUGUAAUUGAAGAAGAAAACGAAAUCAUUUAAUGUGGAAUUAUUGUUGCUUUAUAACUAUAAAGAGAAUGUCAUCCAUUUUCCAAAGAUAAUCUUGUUAUGAUUUCUAUAGUGCAAAAAUGUUUCUUUCUCCUUGGGGUCCUCAGAUUAUGUAAUAAGGGAAUCAAAAGGGGAAAGGGUGGGGGAAGCAGCACAAGAGAAAGAGAAACAUCCUCUUAUAACUUCCAAAGUAAGGGUUUUUCAGAGCCAAUGAUAUAUUUAAAUUGUUUUUUAUUAUGGAGCUUGUAUGGAAAGUAGGUGCUCCUCACUUUUUUUAAGAUAAUAAAAAACGCUAUUUAGAAAUAUCCUUUGGUACAAUUAUGUUGUCUAAUAAAUAUUGAGCUAACUUGAAUUAUUUUGCAGCCAAGUUGCUCUGAAAUUUAAGUAUUUUCCACCUCCAUUAAUAUUAGAAUGACUACAAAUGAUACAGAAGCUGGCUUCUGUAAUUACUCAAUUAUUAUAUAUAUUUUUAAUUGUGUUGGACUUCUAGGGAAAAUAACAUAGGAUUGUUUCAGCAAACCUAUUGCUUUUUGUUUCCAUGUUACAAGGUGCUCAUGCCAAUACAGUGAGGUGUGUCAGAAUUUUUUGUACAUGAGUGUUAAAAAGAUCAAACAGUAGAAGAGAGCAGAGGCCGUGUGAUUCAGUUUUCCAUCCAAAGCCAGGAGACUUAAGAGUUAUCCAAAUGAUUAUUACUUGGGACAGCUAGCUUGAAAUGUGUCUUGAUAUUCUAAUAGCCCUACUGUAAUCAAAUGCUUUGGGAACUCUUUCUGUAUUUCUUAAAAUUCGGAUAAGUUAUGCAAGAAGAUAAACAAAAUUCUUAAAUAUUUGCAGGUUAAUUUGAAGCAAAAGUACCUAGUCAUUGUACCUUUGCCUCUUGAAUGUAGGCAGUUUUCAAAGGGGAAUCCAACCUCAACAGACACUGAACUCAAAGGUGGUUCUUUUUCAAGUAUGCAUACAUUCUCAAGCAGUAAUGUCUGUCUAGUGUCAUGUAAUGGAAUCAGAACCUUUUAACAAGACUGCUUUCAUAAUAUGGCUUGUAAUUCCUGGCAUUUUUCUUAAAAGUUAAAAGCAUUUGAGUUAAAAUGGACUCAAAACUACAUUUUAAGUAAAUGAGGAAUUUGAGAAAACAAAGUCUAAUAAACAUAGUCAUCAAUUACUAUGCUAGUCUUUUGAAGCAAAAUGAUUUCUGUAUAAAAUUGUGGUUGUCAAAGAGUUCUUAGGUCUCUGUUUCUGUUAUGGAUGCCUAUAAAUGUACACUCCUGAGGUUUUUCACUGGUGAUUCUGACUGCUGUAUUAUCGGAUUGUUCUACAUUCUUUUCUUUUAAAAAAUCUCAUUUUCA